UCUGAACCACCCCAUGGAUAAAACUUUUGAAGUUUUAUAAUCCGCUAAAGAUUUUUCUAUGAUUACAAUCAUUUGUCCACUGUCAUUUACGUAUCAAAAAUUUUCUUUUUGGGUGACUUUUCUGAGUGAGAAGCAGAUUUAAAAUGUCUGCCCACAAAACGUUUAUAAUUAAAAGGAAGCUAGCCAAGAAGCUAAAGCAAAAUAGGCCUAUCCCUCAGUGGGUUCGGAUGAGAACGGGCAACACUAUAAGGUACAACGCAAAAAGGCGUCACUGGCGUAGGACUAAGCUCAAGCUGUAAAAUGUGAC